UUGAGUAUUAUGCACAGGUAUUGUAUUGUUGCUAUUCAUAAUAAAGGAGCACCUAUGAAUACUUGUUGGGGUUUCAUCGAUGGUACAGCAAGGAAAAUUUGUCGACCCUCUGAAAAUCAAGAAGUAUUAUUCAGGACACAAAAGGUAUCACUACUUGCAUAAAAUUCCAUCAUAAUUUGUCCUGAUGAAUUAUUGUUUAGUUUGAAAUGCGCAUAUCCGGGAGAAGGCUGAUGCCAGAAAUAUUUAGGGAGUCAGGUAUCUCUGAAGAAUUAGUGCAAAAGACAUGUUUGACACAAGACGAUUUGUUUUUAUUUGUGAUCAAGGAUAUGGGCUGAGUGA